AACCAGUGGACGGGAUCUGCGCGUCCUCACAAAGCCUGUCUGGACUCUCCACUCAUCCUGAUAAACAGCUGCUUACCAUUUAAGGGGGAACUUCUCAGAAAAAAAAGGGAAAAAAAAGUUUUCCUUGGACCUCCUCUGGAAUCAAGACUUGUGUCUGCGGAUGUUCGGAUUUAGAGUCUGCAACGCUGCAAAACGCACCAAAUCUGGACUCUCGAGUUUUUUUUUUUUUUUUUUUUUUGCGCAAUGCUCCGCCGUCCUCAGUUCAACAUCUGGAUUAACUAUUUGAAGUCGGAUCUAACGGCAACAGCAAACUUCAGCUUUAAAGCAGCCUGCCUCCUUUGUGUUUUCCUCUGGAGUUCAGCCUGAUAAACCCGAGUGCCUGCUCGUAGAUUAUGUAUUCUUUAAAAUGGGUGCGAACAAUGGAAAACAGUAUGGAAGCGAGGGUAAAGGGAGCUCAAGCAUCUCCUCUGACAUAAGCUCAAGCACCGAUCACACACCAACUAAGGCUCUGAAGAAUGUGGCUACCACUGAAGGUUUGGAGACGAGCACCAGAACACUGAGCACCCCCAGCCCAGGUCUGAUCUUACCGUCCAAGUCCUCCUCCCUCUCCUCUCCCGCCCUUUCAAGUAAUGGCAACGAGACAAACUCUUCAUCCUCUUCUUCCGCCCACACUGAGACGGUGGCCGUGAUCCACCCUCAGCCUGGUGUCCACUCCCGCUCCAGACAGUCCAAAUCCCACCACUAUGCUCCUAUCAACCUGCUCCCCGACCACACCCUCCUGCAGAUCUUCUCCCACCUCCCAACCAACCAGCUCUGCCGAUGCGCUCGCGUGUGCCGCCGCUGGUACAACCUGGCGUGGGAUCCCCGGCUGUGGAGCACCAUCCGGCUCACGGGAGAGCUGCUGCAUGCUGACCGUGCCAUCCGAGUCCUGACCCACAGGCUGUGCCAGGACACCCCCAAUGUGUGCCUGACUUUGGAGACAGUGGUGGUCAACGGCUGCAAGAGGCUCACCGACCGCGGCCUGCACAUCCUGGCCCAGUGCUGUCCGGAGCUGCGACGCCUGGAGGUCGCCGGCUGCUAUAACAUCUCAAAUGAUGCCGUGUUUGAGGUGGUGUCCCGCUGCCCCAACCUGGAACACCUGGACCUCUCAGGUUGCUCCAAGGUGACCUGCAUCAGCCUUACCCAGGAGGCCUCACUCCAGCUGUCCCCCAUGCACGGCCAGCAGAUCUCCAUCCACUUCCUGGACAUGACCGAUUGCUUUUCGCUCGAGGACGAGGGCUUACGAACUAUCGCCUCGCACUGCCCUCGCCUCACUCACCUGUAUCUGCGCCGCUGCAGCAGACUGACAGACGAAGCCCUGCGUCACCUCGCUCUCCACUGCCCGUCGAUACGGGAGCUGAGUCUCAGUGACUGCCGCCUGGUGGGGGAUUUCGGCCUGCGUGAGGUGGCCCGCCUGGAGGGCUGCCUGCGCUACCUGAGCGUAGCCCACUGCACCCGAAUCACGGAUGUGGGCGUCCGCUACGUGGCCCGCUACUGCCCCAGACUGCGCUACCUGAACGCAAGGGGCUGCGAGGGGCUGACGGAUCACGGUCUGGGCCACCUGGCCAGGAGUUGCCCCAAACUGAAAUCUCUGGACGUGGGGAAAUGCCCACUGGUGUCGGACAGCGGGCUGGAGCAGCUGGCCAUGUACUGCCAAGGCCUGAGGCGGGUGAGCCUGCGGGCCUGCGAGAGCGUGACGGGCAGAGGGCUCAAAGCUCUGGCGGCUAACUGCUGCGAGCUGCAGCUUCUCAACGUUCAGGACUGCGAGGUGUCACCAGAAGCUCUGCGCUUCGUCCGGCGCCACUGCCGCCGCUGCAUCAUCGAGCACACGAACCCGGCUUUCUACUGACGCGGAGAGCGGUUCGAUCUGGCUAGCGUUUGUCUUUUUAAAUCGGUGGCGGUAAAUCUUCAGCAGAAUGUAUUUAACAUAUUUAUCUGUAAAAAGGCAGAACAGUACAGUAUUUCACUUACGUGGCAUCUCCCCCCAUCCCCCAGCAUCAUAAUUAGCAUUGUAACAACACUGAGCACUGAGUACAGCUGUGUUUGCAUUUAAAGCCUAUUAAUAUAUAUUUUCUACUUUAAAUUGAAUUCCAUUUAAGGCCAUAUAAUGCAAUAUUCUGUUCAUAGUCACACUUUGUCAAAGUAAGUCAUUGAAAAUGUAGCCAAAAAGCAGCAAAAAAAACAAACAUAAGUAUUGAUUUCUGUGUUUUGUGCAGAUGCACUUUACUCUGUUGCGCUGACAAUCAUUUCAACUGAGCUCAAUGUGUCAAAACCUACAGUUUUUGUGUUUGUUAAAGGUUACUGUUGCAUGAGAGGAAUUUUACCGCAAUGUUAUGAGACCAACGUCGAAAAUAAACAGGGACACAUUGCUGCUAGAACUGUGCCAAUAAAUUUCUUCCAAAAAUA